GAGACCUAAACCAAAAGAAUUGCCGGGACACUCCUCUCCACUACUUCUGUUGUCCUUUUUGAAGCCCUGCACGUUUCCUUCUCAGCUUCUCACGAGCCUCAGGCCAUGGAUGCAAUGCUGAGAAAUCUUCUUGCUCUCCUCCUCCUUUCACUUCACUUAUUAGAUCAUUCAGUUGAGGUAUCAGCUACAACAAUGACAUUCUAUAACAAGUGCAGCCAGCCAGUUUGGCCAGGGAUUCAGCCAAGUGCAGGGAAGCCCAUUUUAGCGCGUGGUGGUUUCAAGCUUCCACCGAACAGAUCAUACUCGCUACGCCUCCCAGCAGGAUGGUCCGGCCGCUUCUGGGGUCGUCACGGCUGCUCUUUUGAUGCCUCUGGCCGUGGCCGUUGCGCCACUGGGGACUGCGGCGGUUCUCUCUUUUGCAAUGGCCUUGGUGGGACUCCUCCAGCCACCCUAGCUGAAAUCACUCUAGGCAAUGACCAAGAUUUCUAUGAUGUUAGCCUUGUUGAUGGCUACAAUCUUGCCAUUUCCAUCACCCCAUUCCGAGGCUCAGGCAAAUGCAGCUAUGCUGGAUGUGUGAGUGAUCUGAACAUGAUGUGUCCAGUGGGGCUUCAAGUGAGGUCUCAUGACAAAAGAAGUGUGGUGGCCUGUAAGAGUGCAUGUUUUGCAUUCAAUUCUCCAAGGUAUUGCUGUACAGGUAGCUUUGGGAACCCACAAUCUUGCAAGCCCACAGCAUAUUCAAAGAUCUUCAAGGCUGCUUGUCCAAGGGCCUAUUCUUAUGCUUAUGAUGAUCCCACUAGUAUUGCCACUUGCACCGGUGGAAACUACUUGGUCACUUUCUGUCCUCACCAUAAGUAAUUAGUUCAUACUCAGUACUGCUAGAUAUACUACUACUAUUUAGGUCUCUACUGCAAUUCUACUCUGUUCUUAGCUUUAGUUGGUUUCUGGAAUACGGCUAUUAUCUUGAGAUAUAUUGUACUAGUCCAGCAAUGCUUCUGGCACUUGGCAUUUGCUAUUCAUAAUUAAUGUUACCGUAAUAUAUGAUAGUUAGUAAAUCUGCGUGUUAA